ACCUGAUGCAACGAAGAGAGGGAAAGAUACUUCAGUCGAAGAGUCCACGUCGAAAGCCUGCUCAUACUGCGGAAACGAAGGGCAUCAAAUCCUCAGCUGUUCCAGAUUCAAAUCGUUGGACAUCGGAGCAAGAUGGAAGGCAAUGCGCCAGAAGAAUUUGGUCGCUUGUGUCUCGUUCCGCAUCGAAAGUGGCCUUGCCGAUCCAAGAAAGAAUGCGGCGUGGAUGGCUGUCGGAUCCGGCAUCACAUGUUGCUACACAGUAAUCAGUCUCAUCGCAGCGAACCAGUACCACUAACGAAGCCAUCUGAAACGGUACAUCACAACUACCAUCACACGAAGUCCUAUUCCCUAUUCCGUUAUCUGCCAGUUACACUCUACGGAAACGGGAAGGAAGUAGACACCUACGUAUUCCUAGAUGAUGGAUCGUCGUCGACAUUGUUGGAAGAGGCGAUUGCAGUUCAGUUGGGGAUCGAUGGGGUGCCAGAUAACCUCUGGUUAGGAUGGACCGGAAAGAUCGGCAGGCAUGAGAAGAGUUCCAAAAGAGUCAGCGUAAAGAUUUCCGGCAGUGGCAAGAAGGAAACGUUCCACUUGAACAACGUACGGACCGUGCGUGAGUUAGGACUACCCAGUCAAACACUGAACUACCCUGAGUUGUCCACAGCCUACGCACAUCUACAAGGCCUUCCUGUCAACAGUUACAAGGAUGCGAAACCAGGAAUGAUCAUUGGCAUCGAGCACGUACACCUUCUUACCAGUCUCAAGAUCCGUGAAGGUUGUAAGAGUGAUCCGGUCGCAACGAAAACUCGGCUCGGCUGGUGCAUCUUCGGAAGGAAUUCUGGCAGCGUAGGGUCAGUAGAGCAACUGAACCUACAUGUCUGUAAGGAAAUGAGUAACAGUGAUCUGUACGACUCGAUGAAACAGUUUUUCGCCGUCGAAGAAGCCGUGGUGACCAAGCCACUUGAGUCCGAAGAAGAUCAGCGAGCUAACAGCAUCUUGGCAGCGACAACCGUACGACGAGGGUGCCGAAUCGAGUCUGGAUUGCUUUGGCGCAAAGACGACAUCUACUUUCCUGAAAGCUACAAGAUGGCGAUGAGUCGGCUCCGAGGGUUAGAGAAGCGCCUGUCCAGGGAUGCAGAGCUGCGCAGAAGAGUGAAUGAGCAGAUUGCGAGUUAUGAGGAAAAGCAGUACAUCAGUAAAGGGUCACUAGAAGAGGUUGCCAGUCUGAAUCCACACCGUGUCUGGUACUUACCUCUAGGUGUAGUGAUCAACCCCAAGAAACCAAAUAAAAUUCGUAUGGUUUGGGACGCGGCUGCAAAGGUUGGUGGAGUUUGCUUCAACGACAUGCUCAUUAAAGGCCCGGAUCUUCUCGUAUCGCUCAUGGAAGUUCUGUUGCGGUUCAGGCAAGGAAAAGUUGCAGUGUGCUCCGAUAUCCGGGAAAUGUUUCUGCGCAUCCUCAUUCGCGAAGAAGACAAGUGGUCACAGUGCUUUCUCUGGAGGAGUAGGCCGGAAGAGGACGUGCAAGUGUAUGUGAUCAACGUGGCAAUGUUCGGUGCAACGAGCUCUCCGUGUACAGCACAGUAUGUGAAGAACUGGAACGCAUCAGAAUACAGUGACCAGUAUCCCAGAGCAGUAGAAGCGGUAAUCAAAAACCACUACGUCGACGACUUCCUCGACAGUGUCGACUCGGUGGAAGAAGCGGUAGAGCUUGUACAGCAAGUGAAAGACAUACAUGCAGCGGCAGGUUUCCAGUUCGGCAAAAUACUGUCCAACGAGCAGGAAGUACUAGACCGAUUAGGAGAAACAAGUUCAGCUAUCAGUAAACCACUGCCCGUAGCCAAAGAUCGAGCAUACGAACGCGUUUUGGGCAUUACGUGGAUUCCUUCAGAGGACAUCUUCACUUUCAGCUACGAGGGAUUGGAGGAAGUUCUUGGUACCGACUGGACGGUGCCGACGAAGCGUCAGGUUCUGCGUAUCGUCAUGAAGCUGUACGACCCCCUUGGAUUCGUCGCACACUUCGUCGUGCAGGGCAAAAUAUUAAUGCAGGAAGUUUGGCGAACGGGCACGAAUUGGGACGAGCCGAUAGCAGAACAGCUACACGAUCUAUGGAGUAGGUGGAUCGAACUGUACCGGAAGAUCAACGAUGUGAGCGUUCCUCGCUGCUUCUUCAAGGAAUUAUGCCCAAAGCAGGUCAGAGAUAUCCAAAUCCACGUCUUUACGGACGCAAGUGUGUCAGCCUGUGCUUGCGUGGCGUACCUAAGAAUGACAGUAGAAGGAGAGAGCCAGUGUUCGCUGAUCGCCGCAAAAACCAAAGUGGCACCACUUCGUUCACUCUCAAUUCCACGUUUGGAGCUGCAGGCGGCCAUGAUGGGAUCUCGCUUGCUACAGAAUAUCUGCUCAGCGCUCACAAUCAGUAUUCAAAGCCGUUUCCUGUGGACAGAUUCAGCAACAGUUCUGGCGUGGCUUCGUUCGGACAGUCGUCGCUAUCAUCAGUUCGCGUCCUUCCGCGUUGGAGAAAUUCUUUCGCUGACCAGUGUGAACGAAUGGCGUUAUGUACCCUCACGAGAAAAUGUGGCAGACGAUGCCACGAAAUGGAAUGCCGGACCAUCAUUCGAUCCAGAAUGCCGUUGGUAUCAAGGGCCAGCUUUCCUGCAAGAUCCGGAGAGUCAAUGGCCUACGGAGCGUUCCGACGGUACAGUGGAAGCAGAAGCAGCUUGCGAAGAAAUCCGCGUCGUUGCUCUUCAUCGAACAGUGGAGGAAGUGGUAGAUGUGCAGCGCUUUUCCAACUGGAACAGGCUAUUACGUGCGAUGGCAUAUGUUCACCGAUCUGUUGCAGUAUGGAAACACGAAGCAAGUGAGGAGCGGCCGCUCAGAGUACCAAGUCAGACGGAAUUCAAGAAAGCAGAAGAAACACUAUGGUGGCAGGCUCAAUCCCAGGCGUAUGCGGAGGAAGUCUGUCUGCUGAACGGAGGACAUAGUGUUGCGAAAGGGAGUUCGAUUCGUGCACUGUGUCCAUUCAUGGACGAAAGAGGAGUUCUACGAGUUGGGGGCAGAAUCGAACAUGCUCCGACUCUUUCCUACGAGGCGAAGCAUCCGGUCGUGUUGCCAAGGAACCAUAGAAUCACGUAUCUCCUGAUGCUUGGCUAUCAUCAGCGGUUCCUUCACGCGAACAGUGAGACAGUUUGCAACGAGUUGCGUCAGCAAUUUUACAUUCCGAGAAUGCGCAGUGCAGUUAGGAGCGUCUGUCGCAGCUGUCAGUACUGCAAGAUCAAAAAGACCACUCCAGCUCCACCGAUGAUGGGACCACUCCCAAAGGUCCGAUUAACUCCCUUCGUUCGUCCGUUCACAUACACGGGAGUAGAUUACAUGGGACCCUUCGAAGUGAAAGUCGGCCGCAGUCUCGUGAAACGAUGGAUCUGUCUAUUCACCUGCCUUACAGUACGCGCAGUUCACUUGGAGUUGGCACACAGUCUGUCAACAAAGUCAUGCGUGAUGGCAUUCCGACGAUUCGUCAACCGUCGAGGCGCUCCACUCGAGGUCUUCUCAGACAACGGCACCAACUUUGUAGGAGCCAGUCGUCAGCUGUCGGAGGAGAUUCAGAAGAUCAACGAAAUCAACGAGGACUGUGCUUCAACAUUUACCAACGCCCGGACACAGUGGCACUUCAAUGUUCCUGCAGCUCCACACAUGGGAGGCCCAUGGGAGCGAAUGGUGAGAUCAGUAAAAGUGGCGAUGACAGCAAUAUCGAGCAGUCCUCAUCAUCCUAACGACGAAGUAUUGGAAACGGUAAUGCUGGAGGCGGAGGGGAUUGUUAACAGCCGUCCACUCACCUACGUACCGUUGGAAGCCACUGACAGAGAAGCACUAACUCCAAACCACUUCUUGCUGUACAGUUCAAGCGGAAACAAACAGUCAGUAGUCACAGCCGACCAAUCAGUUACUCUCCGAGACAGUUGGACCAUUGCAAGAAAUAUCAUGGACGAGUUUUGGCGCAGAUGGGUGCGGGAGUAUUUACCGAUGUUAACCAGGAGGACAAAGUGGUUUGACAAUGUGAAGCCGUUGGAGCCCGGUGAUCUAGUUGUGAUUAUCGACGAGAACGCUCGGAACUGUUGGGAGCGAGGACGGAUUCUGGAAGUCUUUCCGGACAAAUCAGGACAAGUGCGACGCGCGACAGUGCAGACGGCUCGAGGAGUGUUUGGUAGACCCGCAGUAAAACUGGCAGUUCUUGAUGUUGCUGAAAACCGAAAGGAGCCCGGAGAAGCCGCUCAGGAAACGGAAGUGGUUCACGGGGCGGGGGAUGUAACCGGCAACACUGUUGACCGCGAAACGGAGGUGAAACCACUGUCAUUUCCCUCGCGAUUGAGCGGAUCCGCCGAGUGGGAUGACAGAUGGGCGUCUACGACAGACCGAUCGGAAUGACACAGACAGAACGGGGAAGACAGAUUCAUUCAUAGCAUACAAGUGUACACUCUAGUUAGUCAGCAGUUUUGAUCCGCAGCAGCAGAAAUAAUAGUGGAAGAUUUCGUUUGUAUAAAUGCUAUAUUGAGUUCUGUCGUUGGCUAUAUCGAGCGGUUCUGUCUGAGAAACGUUUAGUCAGUCGAGGUACGUUCAAUCUGUAAACUGAAAAUCUGUUCUUACCUUUCUGUUGAAUCACUGCGCAUCGGAUAGUUUGUGUAUAACCUGAAAUUUGAAUUACUUACCUGUAGACCAUUCCACGUUUUCACCGGUUGCUGUAAUACCUAGAUAGGGAACAGAAAAACACUGAAAAUGUAAGGAAAAUGUAUACUUACCUGAUAUUUAUAUUCUAACAUGAAAUUUAAUAAAUUGCAGCUUGAAGUUGCUAAGUUGGCUACUAUAAGACGGUGUUUUGUUCCGACGAUCGG